UUCGUCCAGGGCGGUUCGUGCCCAUCAAUGUUGCCAAGUGCCUCCUAAACUCGGGACGUGUCAGUUUGAUGAGCGCUCAAGUUACAGCUUCGCAAGCAACUACCUCUCUCUCGCCCUUCCUUCAAGGCGCACAGAGGCAUAGCGCUGUUCGCGCCAUAUCAAUGUCAGGCCGCCCGGGCUUCCUAUUUGUGUUGGCUUACUGGUUUGUGCUGCGCAUUGUUUCAAACAGUUUGUGUUCAGAUUUCUUCCAUGCGUCACUUCUGCGAAAUCUGCUCUAACUGAACUUCCGUCGAAGAUUUUCUCAUCGGUCAAUGAGGAAUGCCUUCACCUUUGCGACUAUCUACCGUCGCCGUGGCGCCUUGGUUCUCUCCAGAAAGUUACAGCACAUGAGUGCAACUGAAGUCAUUUUACGCAAAUGCAUGCCACUCGGAUGUCUUAAGCACAUUGAGGCUGCGAGGAGAUCAGAUGUUGGCUGGUUGCCAUCUUGCUUGUUGCAUCAAAAUUUGUAUUCCACUGGCUUCACCAGUGUGCAUGGGGACAAGCCAUCUGCUGAGUAUGCAAAGCUUAGGAGAGAAUCAUUAGAAAGUGAAUUUGGGCUUGCUCUUGGAACUUAUGGCUCCAAAACUUUCUCCACUGUCUAUCGUUUUGGCCCAUUUCUGGCUUUGUACAGGGCAGCUAUUAUUUCAUUUCAUGUGUUCAGGCUAGCAUUUUGGCAGCUUUUUGUUCAAGACAUAGAAAAGCGUGCAAUCAAGUUUCGCAAAACUCUAAUACGCUUGGGUCCCUUCUACGUUAAGCUUGGCCAGGCUUUGAGCACGAGGCCUGACAUACUACCAACUAUAUACUGCCAAGAACUUGCUAAGCUACAGGAUCAAAUACCCCCAUUUUCAACUCAUAUUGCCAUUAGAUCUAUAGAAACCCAGCUAGGUGCCCCUGUUUCCGAGAUCUUUAGUGACAUUAGCCCAGAGCCUAUUGCAGCAGCAUCCUUAGGGCAAGUUUAUAAAGCUCACCUGCAUUCUGGAGAGCUAGUGGCUGUAAAAGUACAGAGACCUGGUAUGUCACUUUCAUUAACCCUCGAUGCCUUGUUGUUCCAUAUGAUUGGUGGUCAACUAAAGCGAUUUGCCAAGGCUCGUAGAGAUCUUAUUGUAGCAGUGAAUGAGAUAGUCAGGCACAUGUUUGAUGAAAUCGAUUAUGUCCUAGAAGGAAAAAAUGCUGAGCGUUUUGCUUCUCUUUACAGCCUCCAAGCAAGUGGUAAUGAACAUGGUUACAAAGCUGGAGGAAUAAAUAAAAGUAGGCUUAAAGAAAUGAAACGCAUCAAAGUUCCAAAAAUAUAUUGGGACUAUACACGUACUACUGUGCUGACAAUGGAGUGGAUAGAUGGAAUUAAGCUUACUGAUGAAACACGCCUAAAGAAUGUUUCCUUGAACAAAAGAGAACUCAUUGACCAGGGAUUGUACUGCUCUUUGAUGCAACUGCUUGAGGUUGGAUAUUUCCAUGCUGAUCCACAUCCAGGAAACCUGGUGGCAAUCGAUGAUGGGUCACUGGCAUAUUUUGACUUUGGAAUGAUGGGGGAUAUUCCUAGGCAUUACCGGAUUGGACUUAUUCAAAUGCUUGUGCACUUUGUUAAUCGUGAUUCUCUGGGUUUGGCAAAUGACUUUCUUUCUUUGGGAUUCAUUCCUGAAGCAGUUGAUGUAUACGCAGUUUCUGAUACUUUGAAAGCAUCCUUUGCUGAUCGAACCAGUCAAUCACGAGAUUUCCAGGGAAUUAUGAACCAACUUUAUGAUGUUAUGUAUGAAUUUAACUUCUCCCUCCCACCAGACUAUGCUCUAGUGAUAAGAGCAUUGGGAUCACUUGAGGGCACAGCAAAAGUUCUGGAUCCUGAUUUCAAAGUCAUUGAGAGCGCAUAUCCAUUUGUCAUUGGGAGACUGAUUGCAGACCCAAGUCCUGAUAUGAGAAGAAUUUUGAGGCAACUUCUCAUUUGUAACAAUGGAGCUAUUCGGUGGAAUCGACUAGAGCGCUUGAUAGCAGCAAUAUCUGAGCAGGCUUCUGAGUCAACUGAAGACCCUAGUUCUGAGAAGUCUUCAAGUCCUUUUGGUUGGAAAUACUUUGACAUGCAUUCUGUUGUUGAUGCCACUGAAGAUCUUUUAUUGUUCCUUUUAUCGGACAAGGGUCUGAGAGUGCGUCUUUUCCUUCUUCGAGACAUAAUAGAAGCGGCUGAUUUAUUCCUGCAAGAUGAGAUCAUUGAUCAUUUGUUAAAGGAGACGCCUCAGGGCAAAAGCAGAUUGCUAUUUGAGGAGCGAAUUGUUCUCAAUAGGAUUGGAAAAGGCUUUCAGUACUUUAAUGAGGUGAUUAGGCUGGCGCCAGAUGAGUGGACAGCCAUGCUUCUACGGAUGGCUGUGAAACCUGAUGUCCACAAAUUUACUUUUGACAUUAUUUCAGCUCUAGUUUAUCAUUUAACCACAGACUGCAAGAAGCGUCUUGGCUUUGUUUAUCAAAACUUCUCCACAAAUGGAAAUAGAGGUACAGCUGUUAGCAUGUGGCAGUUAAAAGUGAGCGGACUUGGUCUCAAAAUCUCCUUCUUGUAGCUGCUUUAAAAGCUCAUGAAGGAAAUAAAACUCAAGUUAAUCUUACCAAUUGACCAAAAUGGCUUGUGAAAGGGAGUCAUUCUUUUGUACCUAUUGGAUUCUUUUUCAAAUAUUUUUUUUUUUUCAGUUAUAUGUUUUUUUAAUAUAUUGAUGUAUCGUUAUGUUAAAAUUUAUUGACUAUUGAUAGUUAUUCGGGGAAUAAAUGGAUUGAUAGAGAUGUUGAGUUUAUUAUUUAUAAAUGCAAGGAACGUAUAUGUAGUGCUUACGUUA